CACUGAAAAAAAAGUUUUUUUAUACCAGGAAUACUGAGUUUUUUUUAGUCGAGUUUUCUUGUACGAAGUAAAAGUCAAGUUAAAUAUUUUAGAUUUAAGAAAACUGGUAUUUUAAAUCUGAGAAUACCAAGUUUUUUAACAGGACUAAAACUAAAUUCUAUGUUACCAUAGCAACCGUGACGGUGGCGCCACUAUUUUGUCAUUUCCCUCCAAUCUACAGUGUACGCGUGUUUUUUGUUUACCUCGUGUCUGAGUCUAUUUAUCUCAAUAUUUAUUUAUGUUAAUUAAAUAAUUUAUAAAUAUAAGUAUUAAUCAUUAUUAUUACUGCCCCUUACUCCAUUACUUACAUGGAUUCUUGGGUACAAGAGAAGUUGUCAGAGUGGAAUUUAUCAUCUCUCCAACAAAUCUUUGAAGAUGAAGAAGUGGAUGAAAUUGCAUUUAAAAAUCUCAACGAAGAAAUAAUUCAAAAACUAAUUAAAAAAACAGGUCCUCAGAUUAAAUUUUUAACUAGAUGGAAGAGAGAAUUUGGAGUAAUAAUAGAACCUGUUGUGGUUGAGAAUGUUGAUAGACGUCAAAGCACUUCAGAAGUUGACAUUGCUAAUUUUGAUUUGACAGUUGACGAUGACUCAAGCUUUCCAUUAUCUCUUGAAAUUGAGAAAUCUUUCGCCAUCGAAUCUCAAAAUUUUGAUUUUAGUAAAAUCGACAAUGCAGAUCUGAGUGUUGAUCUUAGGAAUCCCAUCACAGAUCUUGUUUCUGUGUUGAGAACUUCGGCGACUGGAUUAUCAAUUCUAAGUCAUUAUAAAUCGCAUAGAAAUUUACCGGAAGAUUUUAGAAACGACUUGGUAGAUUUUAUAAUUAGCAUUGAAAUAUGUACAUCUCCUGAAUUAGUGAUAUCUCCAGCUCGUUUUGUGGAACUAAGCCAAUUGAUCGUCGAUCUUUUUCCUACGGAAGUUAAGGAAACUUAUUACAUUCCCUAUAGUUACGACAAAGCUACUAAAUCAAAAAUAUUGCCAAAGGGAAAGUUUCACUCUAAAUACAAUAAUGGGUAUCGCGCUAAUUUGUUGGCUAGUGGAGCUAUUGUGAAAAAAACUGCUACGAAACGAAAACGGAAUGAAAUUUCUGGGUCUGUGCAUUUAGGUUUCACAAGUGACUUAAAGUCAGAGUUAACAGAUGAAGAGUAUGCAGAGAAAGUCAAGUGGCUGAAGGAAAACAUAGACUCUUGGGCUGAAGUGAAAAAGUUGUGGGCUGAUACAUCUAAGAAAAGGAUUUCACACUUACUCGCUGAUACCUCUAUGAAUCAUUACAUUGAGUCCUUUACAGUCCUCAAACACGUGACCAAUGGUCCCCAAUUGAUUGAUAUUGAUUUCUUAACCAUCCAUCCGAAGAAAACCUUGAAUUUAUCUCUAAAUUUCGAUUUAUUUGCAAAACAACUAGUUUCUUAUUCAAGUAAUAAAAAGAGAAAAUCGGAAGUAAUACAGCUUCUCUUAAAAAAAAUUUCAUCAUUAAGCCAGAGUGAGGAUUUAAAUUCUACAGAGCUUAAAAAAGUUUCUAUUUUGAAACUCUUGCCACUUUUACUUCCUGCACCUGGGCCUUUUCAAAGUAUAACUGGUACUUUGUCACCAUGGCGACCGAGUAAAGACGAAGUUCAAAAAGGAUUUAUACUGCACGUUAAAGAUGAAUUAGAUUUAAGAGCUGAAUUAAAAAAUCGUAGAGAUAAUUUAAAAAACUAUGGUUUAACGGAACAACCGAUUGUUUCAGUUGUUGGUAUGAGUAAAAUAGAAUCAUAUAACGUCCACGUUAACAACAUUACUUAUCAGCUUGCGUCAGUUCUUGAAGCUGUAGAUAUUGCUUUCAAAAGUUUUUACGCUUUUCAAUUAUCAUACCCAAAAGAAUCAGAGUAUUCUUGGAUGGUUCUUCAACAAAAAAUUUAUGGCAUUAAAGGAGAGAAAGACGGACCAGUAUUGCCGUGUAUCCGUACUUUUAUAACAGAUUUGAAUAACUGUAAAGUUUAGUCUUAUUUAUUAUUAAUUUAAAUUAUUUUUAAUUGUCCUUAUCUUCUCAUUUGUUUUAAAGUUUUUUUAAUAAAAAUGCCAGUUUGUUUUUUGUGUCAGCAAAAUUUUGCAAUAAAUAUUUUAAAGCAUCAUUUUGAUUCUGUUCAUUAUAUUAAUAACGAAGAUAAAAAAUAUACUUGUGGUGAAAAUUCUUGCAAUAGAUCUUACAACAACUACUGUUCAUUCCAACGGCACUGGACUAAGGAGCACAAUCAUGUUUUGGAACUCAAAAAAUUUGAAACUAGAGCUUCUUCAAUUCCUGUUAAUAAGUCAAAAGUGUGCCUUUCUGGAUCAGCUAGUAAACAAGAAAAAUUAAUUAAAAAUUCAACACAGAGUCUGUCGUUAAAUAAAAAUCAAAACAUAAAUACAAAACUACAAGUUUUUAAAAGUUUGCAAGAAGAUAUCUUAAAUACUAGCCUUAAAAUGUACAAAACUCCUACAGUGUCACGCAAACAAGUUCAGGAGUUUGUUACGUCAUCGAAAUCAUUAGUUACCACUGGUCUAAACACAAUCAAAGAGCAAUUGAUUAAUAUAAAUUCAGAAUCUUCAGGGAUGGUAAAUUUAAAAUCUGUCACGGAUCUUUUUGAUUCAUUUACUAAUGCUUUUACUGACCUCGAUACAGAACAUAAACGCAUAAAAAUAUUGAAACAAAAAAAUUUGUACUUUGAGGCAGAAAAAUUUUUAAUCGGUCAAAAGUCUCAAGAUUGUAAACGUAACUUAGACGGUACCAAAAAAAAGUCUUCUUUGGAGGCAUAUGGUUAUCAAUUUCCACUCAAAACCAUGCUCAAAAAAAUUUUUGAACUGCCUGAGGUAUAUGAUACAGUUCUAACGUAUGUACAGCACCUGGAAGAAGAAACAUCGGUAAUAUCAAACUUUAUGCAAUCUAAACUAUGGAAACGGAAGAUACAGAAUUUUGAAUCAAAAAAAGUUUUUCCUAUUAUGUUAUUUUGCGAUGACUAUGAAACAGGUAAUGCACUUGGUAGCCACUCAGGAUGCAACAAGUUGUGUGGAUGUUACAUAACAUUGCCUUGUUUUCCACCACAUUAUCAGUCUUCAUUAGAAACGAUCUUCUACGCGCUUCUUUUUUACUCCAAAGACAGAGAGAAGUUUGGAAAUGCUGCUGUUUUUAGACUUCUUAUCGAUGAAUUGAAUGACUUGGAAAUAAAUGGAUUGGAGCUUGAUUUACCUCACGG